AAUUACUCUAUUGAACAAGACAAAGAAAAGCAAUACUAAUAAUAAACAAAAAAUACUUAAAUGAUAAGACGAAGACGAAGAAAAAAUGGUUUGAUUGAUUGAAGAAUUCACAAGUUGAAAUUGCAAGAAAGAAAGCUCUCUCUAAUUUCUUGUUCUCCUCCGAUUUCAAUGGGAACUUGCUGGAGUUCUCUUCCACCUAACAACCAUCCAACUCCAUCUCCAACCGGAACUGUUACACCUGCAGGAACAUAUAAUUCUCAGACAACAAGUGGAAGCUAUGGAACUAGCACUACAACCACUAGAACUACAACUUUCAAUUCUACUUCUACCACUUCUUCUGGUAGUGGAGGUGGAAGCAGUAAUAACAUGUCCUCCUUCUUAAACAGCGCCAAUUUCUCCUCUUCUGAUUUUUCAAUCGGUGGUCAGAUCUUACCUACUUCUAAUCUAAGAGUCUACACUUUCGCCGAAUUGAAAGCUUCUACCAAGAAUUUCAAACCUGAAACACUUCUCGGUGAAGGAGGUUUUGGAAAAGUCUACAGAGGUUGGCUUGAUGGAAUCACCAUUGCCGUCAAAAAAUUGAACUCCGAAAGUUUACAAGGUCUCCAGGAAUGGCAGUCAGAGAUACAUUUUCUAGGUCGACUUUACCAUCCUAACCUUGUUAAACUCUUGGGAUAUUGUUAUGAGGAUACAGAGCUUCUUCUUGUCUACGAAUACAUGCAGAAGGGUAGUUUGGAAAAUCACCUCUUUGGAAGAGGCGCUGUUGUUCAACCACUUCCUUGGGAGCUGAGGCUUAAGAUAGCAAUCGGAGCAGCUACUGGACUUUCGUUCUUGCAUACAGCAGAUAGAGAAAUUAUUUACAGAGAUUUUAAGGCCUCUAAUAUAUUGCUUGAUGGGUCCUAUAAUGCCAAGAUAUCAGAUUUUGGGUUGGCAAAACUGGGUCCUUCGGCUAGUCAAUCGCAUUUGUCUACAACAGUGAUGGGAACACCAGGUUAUGCAGCUCCUGAAUAUAUGCAAACAGGGCAUCUAUAUGUAAAGAGUGAUGUGUAUGGUUUUGGAGUUGUUUUGGUUGAGAUACUGACGGGCUUACGGGCGAUAGAUCUCAACCGCCCAAGCGGGUAUCACAGUCUAACGGAUUGGAUCAAACCGCACCUACAGGAAAGAAGAAAAUUGAAGAAGAUUAUGGAUCCUCAAUUGGGAGGCAAGUAUCCAAUCAAAGCUGCACUUACUAUAUCCAAGGUUGCUUCUAGGUGUCUUGCACCUGAGCCCAAAAUGCGCCCAUCCAUGAAGGAUGUUUUGGAGAUCUUGAAAGGAACUCAAGCUUCCACUGACAAAGACGUCGAGGUUAGGGGUCAAAAUUAAUGAGUUAAUCCUAUUUAUAUGUGAAUUAGUGGGAAUGAUUGAGAUUUGAGAGGCUAUUGGUUGUUCAUUUUGUAUUUUCCUUGAACUCAAGUAGCUAGCAAAGAAAUUGUGCAUUUCAGUGACGGCUUGCUUCAGUGAGUUGUGGAUUUGAUAUGCAUGUCUCUAGUUAGUUGUUCAACAUGUUGUAUUUGUGUA